UCAAAAGUUUGUGUCGGAAGCACAUAGAAGUCGCAGUAGGAAUGGCAAAUAUUUAAUCUUUUUGCUGGCUAAUUUGAGAUUAAAUUGUGAAGUGAAAUUACUUAAAAAAAUUAAAAGUUGAGAUAAAAUUCAGAAAAGAGUCUCAAAAAUAGUUAAAAAGAUCGCAAAAUGUCGAUCGAAGUUAAGCCGUCAUCAGAGCGCAAAUGCACAAAUAUUCCAGCAUUGGUCUUUGCCAUCGUCUUUAUUGUCAUCACAGUGAUUUUAGUCAUAUAUUGUGGAAUUGUUGCGUCAACCAAGAUAAAAAGGCCUGAUGAGUUGUCUCUUAAUGACUCUAAUGAAGUUAAGGACUUAAAAGACAGUUGUGGAAACAUUUGCGGUGAAAGGAAUCACAUUCAGGAUGAUAAAUGCGGGGACUCUGACAAGACAGACUAUCCAAAAUUGCUUCUCAGAUAUGUUGAUGAUGACGAUGAGGAUGCAAAUCAUUACAGAAGUCAUUUUGAGCUCAAUGAAUGUGUCAAGGAGUGUCCAGAAGACUACAUUGACAUGUCAAAUUCAUGCAUCAAUGCUGGCGACAUGAAUGAAAUGGUCAAUUCUCUUAAAGCUACUUGGUACUACAUCCUCAUCAUCUGCUUUGUGGCUUUUGUCUUCUCCUAUGUGUUCCUGAUUCUCUUCAGACAUGCUGCAAAAUAUGUCAUUUGGAUCAUUAACAUUGGAUUUGUUGUUCUUGUUGUCGGACUUGCUAUUUUGUGUGCAGUUGCUGGAACUAUUGAAGGUGCAUUCACAUUUGGCAUCAUGGGACUAGUGCUCAUUGGAUUUUUGAUCUUCUUCCGUAAAAGAAUCGCAUUGGUUGCCAAGCUGUUUAAGGAAGCAUCAAAGGCAUUGAUUGAUGUACCGGCUGUCAUGUUUGAACCUAUUUUGGUGAGAAUUUAUGGAUUUAUUGAGAAAAACGCGCUAAUUUUGAUGAUUUUUCAGACCUUCAUCUCGCUCCUCGUCUCCUUCCUGAUCUUUGCAACAUUUUUCGUAAUAAUUUCAUUCGCUGGUGAAGACGAACCUGUAACUGGACCAGCUCAUGCUUGCAACUUGAUCUCCUUCAUCUUCAUCACUCAAUUCAUCAUCGGAUGUCAAAACUUCAUCAUUGCUGGAACCAUUGUCAGGUGGUACUUCACCAGAGACAAGACCAAGCUCCACAAACCAAUCAAGAAGUCAUUUUCACAUUUAUUCAAGUUCCAUCUUGGAAGUGUCUGCUUUGGUGCUAUUUUGAUCACAAUUGUCAAGAUUAUUAAGGGUAUCAUAUCCAGUCUUAAGAACUCAGCAAAAGACUCCAGAAACAUCGCAGCCAUGAUCAUCGCAACAUGCUGCAUGUGCAUAUUUAACCUGAUCGAACAACUUUUGGCAUUCUUAAUCCGCAAUGCUUAUGUUGUGGUUGCAAAAGAAGGAACAGGAUUUUGUGACUCUGGUAGACGUGCUUACAGACUUCUUAUGGACAAUAUCACAGAUGUUAUUGCUUUAAAUCAUUUUGGUGAUCUUGUGUUGAUGGUUUGUAGAUUGUUGAUUGUGCUGAUCGCUGGAUUAGUUGGAUAUACUUUGCUAAGUUCUAGAAAUAGUGUGAGCAUAGGAAAUGAAGAUCAUAUCAUCUUACCAAUGAUUUUUGGAUGCAUCCUUGCCUUCCUCAUCGCUCACUGCUUCGUCGAGGUCUUCGAGAUGACAAUCGAUACAAUUUUCAUCUCAUUCUGUAUUGAUCUUGAGGAGAAUGAUGGACAGACUAAGCCUUACUACAUGUCAGAGAGCCUUAAGAGAAUUAUCAUGGAAAUGAAGGAACAUUCAGGUGGAACUUUAGUUCUUGGACCCAAAUGUGAUCCUGGACUUCAAGGUGGUGCCAUUGACGGCAGUGGAUAUCCAAUGUUGCAACAACCACAGCCAAUGUACCCAAAUAUGGGAUAUAAUCAGCAAUUUUAUCCACAGCAAGCACAUCCACAACAGCCAAUGAUGCCACAGCCUGGAUAUCCAGCAAUUUAUAAUGCUAAUCAAACAUAUCCACUGAAAUAAUUGAAAAUCAAGCAUGUGCAGAUUAGAAUCAUUCAGAUGAUGGUGAAAUAAAUUUAUCGAAACCUGUCAAUCGACUCUUAUAACAUUGUUCUGUAUACAAAGCUUCUCCAUAAAAUCUCUCAGAGAAUAAAAAUUUAAAAAAAAUCUCACAAAUUAAAUUU